UUGCUUGCAAGGUCAUGCAGAAUGAGCUCCCUGAACUUUGAACCGUAUCUGCGAAGUGAGAUAAACAAGAGCAGUAUAAAUACCACAGCCCUUCUCCCCACAGAGUUUUCUUCUGCAGCAGCAUUAAGCGGAGCUGCCAAGGAGGGGGAGGAGGAGCGGACAAAGCCCAGCCAUGUGGGCAGGGCUGGGGCUAGUUCUGGCUCUCUGUCUCCUCCCAGGGGAAGGAACAGAGAGCCAGUACUGCAAGGAGCCCCCAGAAUGGCAUAUUGGGGAGGAAAACCCAAUGCUGAGCUCUAGGGGGUCGGUGACAGUGGUGGCUCUCCUCCAAGCUAGCUGAUACUUGUGUGUGCUGCAGGCUUCAAGAUUGGAAGACCUGCGAGUGAAAUUAGAGAAUGAAGGACUGGUCAACAUCUCGUAUAUCAUUGUCAAUCAUCAGGGGUCCUAUUCCCAGAGGAAAUUUCACCUACUGCAAGAAAGCGUUUCAGAAUACAUUACUGUCUACCAGCAAGAUGAGCAGCAAGAUGAUGUUUGGACUAAAUUAAAUGGAAACAAAGAUGACUUUCUCAUCUAUGACAGAUGCGGCCGUCUGGUGUAUCAUCUUGGUCUGCCUUACUCCUUCCUGUCUUUUGACUAUGUAGAAGAAUCUAUUAAAAUUGCAUACUGUGAAAAGAAGUGUGGAAACUGCUCUUACAUGGAAGCUGAUACGGAUGUUGUAUGUGAAAACACCACAAAGAAAGCAGAUGAAAAGCUAGCAGAGACAGAACCCAAACCAACUGGUCAGCAUUCACAUCACCACAACCUGCACAGAAACAGACACCACCACCAUCAUGAAGGCAGUCGUCACUCAAAAAAUGAGAACCAUGAGGCUCCUUCUGAAACUCAAAGACGUCAUCGUCAUGGUGGUAGACGUCAUAGAGUUUUUGGCCAUAACAGACACAAUCAGACAGGCAGUCAAGAGCAGGUAGACACUGCUCCUCCAGAAGAAGGUAUAGAAACUGCACAAGAUAAAAAGCUAUGAAAAAAGGGGAAAAGCACCUGUAAAAACCAGUUAAGUUGAAAUUGGCAGACAGCAUCAGACUCAACUUCUAGUAGCUGAUGCUGUCAUUGUCGACACCUUUUGUUUGAAGAGCUAGGGAAUUCUGUCACUUGACAGUGUCGCGGAGCACUUCCAAAUUCCUGCAGGUGACAUGGCCAGCUGUCAGUAGAAGACAUCACUGAAUCUUGACAGUGACGUCUGCUCGCUGCUGCCUGACAGUCGCCAGCAGCACAAGCAAGUGAAACCAGUGACACCUGACAGUGAGAGGAAAAGGCAAGAAACUGAACCUGAAAAACAAACUAAGCAUCACCUUAAAAAAAUGCAAGGGAGUCCUAAUACCUAAAUUCAUAGAGUUGUGAGAGUAGAAAAAUUAACAUAUUAAGUGUUUUUAUUGCCCUCCAUUAAGAAUUAUACUAGAGAGAGGUGUGUAGAAUUAAAAUAUUAUAAAGAGAUAGACAUUUGGAGCAGUGCUCGUAGAAUUACACAAUACCUGUCAAAUCCCAUCAGUGAAAAGCUUCAUAAUUUCAAGGAAUUUAAUUGGCCUGUUAUUUGUUUUUCAGAUGCAGUGGAAAGGUGUCUUGAUUAAUUUGUCUUUCUUGUUUCUCUUCUAAUAUUCUGCUUGCAUUUGUGAGGACAGGAGCAUAAACUAUGACCUAGGGGCUCCUGAUCUGAUGUUUUGCAAUCAAGAAUGGAAGAUAACCAAAAAAAAAGACAUUUUAAUCAUUUUUUUCUUAAGAAAAUGGAAUAUAUUCCAAAUCUUUUUUUUUCUUCUAACCUGGGGAUACACAUUAUAUAUGAGAAAAGAUUGCUCUUUAGCAACAUGCCAAAACAGCUGUUGAUCUCAAACAUAAGAUACAUGCACUAAUUGCAUUAUUUCAAAGUAACAGAUUUAUAUGCUUAACUUUUGUGGCUUAGGUACAGUAUCAGGAUCCAUUAAUACUUUCUAUAACAAUUUAACCAACUUGCCUAAAGUGGAAAACAGUGUUAACAACUCUUCAUGCAGAAUCAAGAACAGUAUCAGAAAGAGGAGAGACAGGACAAAUUUAAUCCUGGCUUAAUGUUUCUCUUCAUUUAUAACAGUGCUGAAUUUGAUAAAUCUGUAUUGAUUGGUAAGGUAAUAUACCACAUAACCUUGCAUAACUUCUUUGUCUGUAGCUUAGCAUUCCUAACUUUGAUUAACUGAGCUGAAGUAAAAAUACAGUUGUUUGAAGGAUUCCUGGAUGAAGAUUAGUCAAGAAAGGCAAACUGCUCUGAAAGUGUACACGAUAAUUAAUGAUGGUUUAAUAGGAAAAUUAUUACUCCUUUGAAACCUGAAUCUUCUUAUUGUGAAUGCUGAUGAGCAAGAAAGUAGCCCUGAAUGUACACAGAAUGCAUGGCUUUGGAGUAUUUGACAAGAGUCUUUCUAAUAAA